CAUUCUCGAAGCUCCGCUGCGCCAAUUCCGCGGCGCACACGCGCGCCUCCCCCCUACUGUAACGCAAGGCAGCGCGCGCCUACGAUGUUGUGAAUGAGGGAAUGAGGUGACGUCAGCGGCCGAAUGUCAACAAUGUAGCGACUGAGAGUAGGCGUUCCAGUCGAGUGUAACAAACAACGGAGACGGAGCGGCACGCCGCGCGGGAGCACGGCGCACACUCACACACAUCCACACGCGCGCGCUCGCGCACGUUCAUGACACACGCUGUUUUGUAUUUUUAUACCGUUAAAAGCGAGAAGAAUAAUCCGGGACGUGAUUGGUCUGUAUGCGCCGAGAGGCUCCGAGGAGACGGCGGAGCGGGUCAUCAUGUGAAAGAAGUUCUGUUGGACCGACGGGCUGGAACACACGAACCAGAAAGCAGAAGGGACUCCCUCCCUCCUCGUGCAGCACCAACCUGCCAAUCAUUCGGCCGACCCUUCACCUUUUGACCUGACAGGGAUGAGUCGUCACGCCGCUCGAGGAUAAAUGAUCAGUAAUCAGCUCCAGAAGAUGAAGGACAAAUCUGGUGUGAGCGGAAUGUCCGUGGAUGAGAAACCUGAAGACCCCAUGUAUGUGUAUGAGUCAACGGUUCAUUGCACCAAUAUCCUCCUCUGUCUCAAUGACCAGCGGAAGCAGGAUAUCCUCUGCGAUGUGACUGUCCUGGUGGAGGGCAAAGAGUUUAGAGGGCACCGGGCCGUGCUGGCCGCCUGCAGCGAGUAUUUCCUCCAGGCGCUGAUGAGCCAAGCGGAGAAUGGCUUGGUGGUUAGCCUUCCUGAAGAGGUCACUGCCAGGGGGUUUGCUCCAUUGCUGCAGUUUGCCUACACUGCUAAGCUGUUACUCAGCAGAGAAAACAUCCAGGAGGUCAUCCGCUGUGCUGAAUUCCUACGCAUGCACAACCUUGAGGACUCGUGCUUUCGUUUCCUGGAAGCUCAGCUACGCAGGGAAGAGGACAGCCUGCUGCUUUGCCCUAAGGGGACAGCAGAGGCAAUCAACUCAGAUGAUGAAAGCAUGCAGUCAGAGACUGAGAGGCCAUCCUCCGCCAAUACACAGCAUUGUUCUGAUGUCCUCGCCUCCUUUCAACACGCUGAUGAUGACAGACUAGGAAUGACUAUCCCUGGUAACUUCACAGACGGCCAGCUGAACAUUGAUCGGCACGGAGCAUCAGACCUGCCGCGAUGCCCCAAGUACAGGAAAUAUCAGUGGGCUUGCAACAAGCACAAUGACACCUCCUCACACACCAGUACCUCAGGUUUUCCAAGCACAUUUAAGGAGAGCAGCGUCAGCAGGACUGUGCCAGGCCAGGACAGGCUGCCCGUGGCUCAGGUCAAAGUUGAACCACAGGUGGAGGAAGAGGCCGUUUCGUUGUGCCUGUCGGGUGAUGAGCAGGACGUCAGGGAGGUGGACAGUGUGACCGCUAUGGAGAUGGAUAACCCAAUAUCACUGGAAAGAUCCAAGAUAACCAAGUCCCCAUCCUGCCUCCGAGCCUUCUUCAAGACAGGGCUAGACCUCCCUAGUCUGUCCAACACUUCACCGCAGCUAUUCACCAACAGACUGGUUUGCUCCUGGGACAAAGGAACCUCUCAGGGAGAUCAUAAAAAAGAUUUAAGGCCUUUCACUGAGCUGGGCCUGCCUGUUAUGUCUCCAAAGGACACCGAUGGUUUCCAUUCAGGGUUGUCUCUCAAGCCUUCUUCCUGUGAUGGGGUCUGCAAACAGGAAGUAGAACUAGACCGCCGUAGUGUUAUUUUUUCUUCAGGGGCUUGCAACCGGGUAGGAACGCCAGGGCAUUCCUACCCGGGUGGAAACUCUUUAGAGAUGGAGCUCUCUGAGCAGGUGACGAAAGUCCUGUGGCCUGAAGCUAGCCAGUCCCUCCCCAACACCCAGACCUUUUCACCCAGUACAACCGCCCCUGAGCCUCCAGUCCCGUGCCGUCCACGGCCUAACACCAGCUGCCCAGUGCCAAUCAAAGUGUGCCCACGCUCGCCGCCUUGUGAGACACGCACCAGGACUUCCAGCUCCUGCUCCUCUUACUCGUAUGCAGAGGACGGGAGCGGCGGCUCCCCUUGCAGUCUGCCUCAGUUUGAAUUUUCCUCUUCGCCAUGCUCCAACAUGACCCGAUGUCACAACGCAGACCAGCAGGAGCAAAGUGUGGGAGGGGAAGUCCUGUUCGGCCAAGUGCGACCCAAGAUUAAAUGUGAGCAGUCCUACGGCACCAACUCCAGUGAUGAAUCCGGCUCCUUCUCAGAGGGGGACAGCGAGUCCUGCAACGUGCAGGAGAGAGGGCCAGAGGUGAAGCUCCCCUUUCCUAUUGAUCAAAUCACAAAUCUUCCACGGAAUGACUUCCAGAUGUUGGUAAAAAUGCACAAAUUGACCUCGGAGCAGCUGGAGUUCAUCCAUGAUGUGAGGAGGCGGAGUAAAAACCGCAUAGCGGCGCAGCGCUGUCGCAAGAGGAAGCUUGACUGCAUUCUUAACCUGGAGUGUGAGAUCAGAAAACUGGUGUGUGAGAAGGAGAAGUUGCUGACUGAGAGGAACCAGCUGAAGGCCUGUAUGGGAGAGCUGUGGGAGAACUUCUCCUGCCUUUCCCAGGAGGUGUGCCGGGACGUCCACCUGAGCCCGGAGCAGGUCCAGUCCCUGCACCACUACUGCCCCGUGCUGCGGCCGGCCAAUUCCACUGCCAGCAACAGUGCUGCCCCUGAGCUGAGGCCCACCCACAGCGCCCCCGCCACCACCAGCAUCGACCUCACCUCCCAUUCUGGCUCAGCCACUCCAGAACCCAGCUUCCACGGAUCGCCCGGCCCGUCAGAGAACCAGCUCAACUCCGCCGUCAGGAAUGGUGCGGACAGAGAUGCAGACGACCAAGACACCAGCUUGAACCCAGCAUCGGAACGAUCCAACCAGACAGUAACGGUGGAUUUUUGCCAGGAAAUGACUGAGAAGUGUACGACAGACGAGCAGCCGAGGAAGGACUGUACCAAGUAGAACCCGUUUUUGACCCAUUUGUUGUUCUGGAUGUUUUUGUAUUAUUUAACUUUACUCCUCUGACAAACCCUCUCUGGGUUGUGAAAUGUUCAGCCUUUGCCAGUGUUCACUCAGCAACAAGCUUUGUAUUUAUGUCCGUGCCGUUUUUAUGAUGUUUUUAUUUGUGUUUGCGUUUUUUUGAACUGUUGACACUAACGUUGUCUUAACAGCAGCAAUACUGUUCUACAGACGUUCUUGUACCAUGACAGAGGGGGAUCCUCUCACCCAGCCCUUACAGUGGUGCUACACUCGCUCCAGCAGGAACCUCUACGGCGGAGACUUUUACGUGUCACAACUCAAAGUUGAACCUCAUUGGACCUAAACAGCAGCUCUUUGUUUAAAAACGGAGUCUUUCCCCUGAAUCCAGUCGUUGCCACACAUCCACUGUAGCCCUGACUGGUUCUCCGUCUGCGCUGUGACAACAGACGUGUGUGCAGCAUUAACUCUGAGCUUCUCUAGUCACCUGCCCAAACGGCUGUCCCUCUGGUUAGGCACCAUCCACACGAGAAACACACACGGUUCACCGUUUCAGCCUCACGUCCACACAGGUAGGAUGUUUCUUAAUGAUGACAUCAUAGCCCCACCUUUAACUCAUCCUACAAGCCCAACGGCUUCAGGAACCUUUUCUAGGAACCAGAGAAGUUUCCUGGGCCUCUCUAGGGUCCAGGGUCAAACAGAUCCCAGGGGAGGAUGUUCCCUGCAGGAUGAACACCUGAAGAGCAGAGGUGGCUGCUGUGAGUCAGCCUGAAGCUCGGUGUGUGAUCUCCACUGCAGCGAGAGAGCAGGAAGCUGUGUGCUUCACGUCAGAGUCUCUGGAAGGCGCCUUUGCUUACUAACUUAAGGAAAACACCACAGACGUCUUUUGCCCCGCCCACAUGCUCGGACACAUCCGUGUUCCUGAGAGGGGCGUGUGAGCAGAACCUGGCCAGGCUGGGGCGGGCCAGAUGUGAAGACGCCAUUAGUUUCAGUAGAAACACAACCAACCGGGGCUGUGGUUAAACCGGUAGUCGAACCUGGUUGUGACGCCUCUGUCAGUGCGCCCCAGGGCAGCUGUGGCUCCGCCGUAGCUCAUCACCAUCAGCGUGUGAAUGGAUGAAUGACACACUUAAGUGUAAAGCGCUUUGGAGUCCUCUGACUCUGAAAGGCGCUAUACGAGUGCGGGUCAUUUAUCAUUUCAUCAGGAUCAUGUCCCCUAUUGGCCGUCGUCCAUGACGGAUCCCUGAAGCCCACCUACGUGUGGUCCUCCUCAUCAUCACCCUUCUUCUCACUCUUCUUGUGUUUACGGUCUUUCCCUCGUGGACAGAAUCUGUCUUCUUCUCUGGUUUUAAGUGUGGUUGACAAGCAUCUGAUAGGUUCCCUUACCUCCACCUAUGGUAGGCAUCUUGUCAGUUCCCACAAUGCAUUGCAGGAAUAUCUGCCCAGCCCACAGAGGUGUAAUUAUUAAAGUUUUCAGACAUCACCUAGAGUGACCGGGUUUCCCUGUGGAUGGUGACACGUGUCUGUGUGGACCCGGCUGGAGCUGUUUUCCACGCCCUACUUCCUCGGACUCGUUGAUCCCGACUGAAGAACAGCCCCAGACGUUACGGAUGAGCACGGAUGUAUGUAGCAGACUUUUCCCAUCCUGAUUCUCCUGUGAGGAUAAAGACAAUCUCCCGCUGGGAGUGCACGUUUUUGGGCAUGCCCAGAGAGCGUUCAGACGUAAUCCUGCUCACAUCCCACAGAAAUCCUCUGUUUGUGUGAGAACAGAGCUCCUUCGGCUCGUCUACCUCUUUCUGUCCCGCUCUCUUUCUGUCUCUACGACUCUGUCUCAGUGGCCCUUUCGUCACAGCUACUCAAACUCAGGAAAAACUCUCUGAAUGUUCAUGAAAAAUGAGAAAAGGGUUUCUAUACAUGACAAAGUUACAAUGCAGUGAGACUGUAAAUGUUCAUAUGCAAAAACUCUUCAAGCGUGUCUCAUCUGUACGUGUGUCCAGGAGAACUUUGCUGUAACUGAAACAUUCCUCCUUUGCCUUCCACAGCACUGAAGCCAGCGGAGAGAAAAGGCUUUUGCAGGUGAUUAGAUGUUUAUUUCCCUCUCAUUAGCAAUACCAUCGUGUUUGGAUGUUGUAACCGUGGCCGCUGAGCGCUAGGAUGGCAGGCGUGUAAAUAGUACGGAGCAUGAUGACUGUAACGGUGAUUUUUGUAGAAAUAGAGGUUUAGAUUUUCUUUCCCACCGGGGUCGAAUCGAGCACCUUUCUGCGAAGGGAAAUCGUUGCUUUGCUGUUUCCUGUCCUGCCUAACGAACGCUUUCCAUCAUGGUGGGUGUUCUUAUACUCAGGAAAUCAGCUUGUCACACACGCACACACACGCACACACACACACACACACGCACACGCACACACACACACACACACACGCACACACACACGCGCACGCGCACACGCACACGCACACACACACACACACACACACACACGCACACGCACACACACACACACACACGCACACGCACACACGCACACGCACACGCACACGCACACACACACACACACACACACACACACACACACACACUUGCAUGGAUAAAGUUCUAAAUGUGCAGCUCCUCUUACACUUUUCACGCCUCCUUAAAUGUGAAAAUCUUUGAUUUGUUUCUGAUCAGUAUUUUCUCACUAUGAGUUUCUCUGGACGCGGUCAGGAGCAGCUUUUGGUCUUUAAAAUGAAGGGGGGGGGGGGGG